UGCCAGUUAGCCCUAGGGGUAGCAUCGGGGUGGUUCCAGCCGAAAGUACGGCGAGGGGCGCGUCAGGACGCGGCUGACGCUCGCGCGACCGACGGAGCGUCCUCGACUUCCGCUUCGCCGUUCGAACCCGUCUCCAUCGUCUUCUCUUCUCCGCUCUCGAUCUCUCGCGACGUGUCGUUCUACCCGCGACGACGCGGUGCAUUUAGACGAGCUUCGCGCCUCGAUUACGCCGGAGAAUCUCUGUAAUCGGUGAGAAGAUCGACGAGAAGCGUGAGAUGAGAGACAAGGAUGCCAGAAAGGAUGUCCAAGAAGAAUCCGGAGACAAAAGGAGAGAAACCACAAAGAGCAACGGCGGGGAAAUAAAGAAGAUCGAGGAGCAUUUGUGAAAUGGGAAGACUCCGGCUUUGAUCCGAGAACACGUUCCAAAGUAUCCUGGGACUCGAUUGUUUCAACGAUGAAUCGAGAAAACGAAGAACAGCGACCAGUCUCUCAAACCCUUUGCGGGGCGUUGCAAAAAGAACCGAAUUGCAAAUGUUUGGUGCUGUCCGUGUUAAUAUACGGAUGCCUUGCCGCAGUGACGUGGUGUAGAUGCGCGAAUGUCACCAAGGUGAUAAUCAAUUUCUCGAGGUACCCAAUUAAAAGCACGAGACACGUGUCUCCCUGCGACGAUGGCUACAUAUACAUCCCCGUGGCGUUCAUGGGGAUGUUGUAUUUGGUCUACCUAGUGGAGUGUUAUCACUCGCCGAUCAGGAUCGAUCUGCUACACGCUGAGAGCCAGGACAGCGUGUUAUCCAAGAUCUUGCAGUUAAAGUCAGCCCAGCCGACUAUCUGGUGGAAGGCUGUUUCCUACCAUUACGUGCGACGAAAACGUCAAAUUACCCGGUACAGAAACGGAGACAAUUACACGACGACGCAGGUUUACUACGAGAGGAUAAACACGCACGCUGCAACGUCCUUCUACUACUACGACUACUGCGGCGUUAAGGACAUCAGCAAGGAGUUGAUCAUGGAUCCAAAAGUGCCGAUCACGAAGAUCAAUCUCAGUAAGGGAUUCGCCUUUUCGAACAUGAGAUCGGCGACGGAGUUCGAGGAGGCUAGGUCGAGGUUCUUCGCGGAACAAGAAUUGAGAGACGAUUACAUGGAGAUGAGAGAGGGAUUAGAUCUCGGGUACAAUCCGAAUCCUACGACACUGGUAGCUGUUCUUGGCAAUCCAUGGUUCACCAAUCGCUACGUGUACUGGUGUCUGAGUGCUCUGCUGCUCAGCUGGCCAUUGAGAGUGAUCAUAGAGUACAAAACGCAGUAUGCAGAUUAUCAGAUCACCAAGCUGUUUGGAAUUAACUACGAUACACCCAGCGGAAGCGAGCCGAUACACGCAUCUAUGAGCCAACAGACCAUCAACCAGCCCGGUUCCUACAUGCUGGCACCAAGCUAUAGCGAAGCUCUUUUGAUGGAUCCAGCACCGGAUCAACGACCACCCGAGUCCCAAGACACGAGUAUAACGGAAAUGGUGCCUAGUUAUUCGGAAGCGUUGCUCUAUCAGCGAGCAGAGCAAGGCUGCAUCGUCAUGAACCAGGAAGCGAACGAGGAUUCGAACCGUAGAUUAACGUCGCGCGAAUGUUCCUGUCCCUGUCACGCCACCGCCUCUACUUUCGAGAUGAAUAUACAAGACGAAGGAUCCAGACAAGAAAACGGUCAAUCGAACGACCAGAGUAGACAGCCAUUGAUAGAAACAGCCAUCGAGGUGCACCCUUUGACCUGCACGUUGGUUAGCGAAACGGAAGCGGGAAAAUGUGGAAGUUGCGGGAAAUUUUUGGUCGAGGCGCAACUGGAGAAUUCGGAGUUAUCGAGAAGCGAAUACAGCAUGGACAAUCCUGGACCCAGUUCAGCGAGGGCACCUCAGAUCCUAAGAAGAGGGCCAAGAACUGGCGUGAUACCUCGAGACAUGUCUGAACCGAAUCUCAGAUCGAAGUCGGAAAUGAUCGAAGCUGAUACGAGGUUCCUCAGAUUUAACGGACAGAGUUUGCGGAAUAUCUUGGAGAACGAGCAAGAAGAAGAGCUCGCUGCGGAAGAUAGAGUAGAAGAAAUUAGCGGAGGUAAGAUCAGUGAGCCAGGAAGGGAAGGAAAGUUCCGGCUAUCCCUUUGUUCCCUGGACGAAACCAGUUCUCGAGCUAGAGUGGGUGUAGACGUGAGCAGAGGUGCCAUACCGAAGAGAAUAGUUAGCAGAAGCAGAGUAAUUGCGAAUCCCAUGUCGAGCGAGAGUUACGGAUUGCCGGAUUCGAAAACGUAUUUUUGCCUCAAGUCAAUUCUUAAACAGAACAAGCGAAGGUAUACUCUGAUCACUGCGAGGGAGCUUCAGAACUUCUCCGACAAGGAGGACGAUGAUGUGGAUAGGCGUUUAGACAAUCGAUCGUCGUACCACGAAGGUUGUACUCCUAUCUGUGCUCCCAAGAACUCUGCCGAAGAAAGAUAUAGUCUGUUCUCGAGAUCCAGGGAAAGUUUGGAUGGUGCUCUGGGUAGGAGAAAGAAACAGUUCUUGGAGAAUAUAUCCAUGGAUAAGAACGACGAAGCUGGGUCGAAACGCGAAAGCAGAACUCUCAUCUUUGCGAGUCCCAUACAAGAAGUCUGUCCUGGUGAUCCUUUCGGCGGAAAAGACGUGGUUCGAACGCGACAAGAAGUGGAUUCCACACCCACGGAGGAAGCACCGAAUAACACCGUCCUCACCCAACUCGGAAGGUCUCUAGCCUGCGACCGGAAGUCGGCGCGACGCCGAUUCCAAGACUCCCGUAGGCAACGUUACUCCGACAUCUCUCAACCUUCUUCCUUUUCCUGCCCACCUGAUCGCCAACAUCCCUACCCAUACGCCUUCUCGGCGUCCACAGACGCAGUGGACACGGUGGAGUUCAACAAGAGCCAAGCAUCUGCUCGCGUCUACCAACAUGGAGCAUCUUUUCCACCCUACGAGGGAUCCAUUUCCGAUCACACCGAGAAACUCAACGAUCAAUCGACUCAGAUAGACAGAGUUUCGCCGGCAAACGUUUUCAGGUCGAACAGGAGAGAACUGACGCGUUCGUUGACGGAAAGACGAACGAAAUCGGUUAGAGGCGACGCGAGUUUCCGUCGGAGCUUCACGGGAAGAGUGGAGGAUUACAGAACGGAGAACAGCAAAUGGGCAAAUCUGAACAUGGAGACGUCGUUAUAACGAAGGGACACGAGAUGGUAAUUGUAAAUAUCCGUCCUGCCACUUUUCAACAUCCUGUACAUACAACGUAAAUGCGAUUUACGUAGCCCCGCCUUUGCUUCGAGUCUAGGAGAAAAUUCAUCUUUUUCCCUAUUUUUCGUGAACAGAGGAGAUUCAGGCGUGAAACGCAGUCGAUGUUGCCAAUAGGGGUUGUAUUAUCAACUUUUAAAGAAAAUUCUCUUCUUUCGCGAGACGCGGCUUGCUAGGAUCGCGAAUGCAAUUUGUAAUUGAUCCGGCGUCAAUUAUGCGCACAGUUUUUGCGUAAGCUUCGGUUAGCAAUGAGGAGAGACUCUGAUACGAUAAUCAGAGAAAAGGAAUUUUUCGAGAGAGAGAGCUGACGAUAGGAUGAAAGCAUUUUUAGCUGAUAUUCGCAAAAUAUGAUAGCAUGUUUAUGCUACUGUCCAUGGGGUUUCGAUUAUCUUUGAGUCGUAUCGUUCCAUAAGUUUUCUCGACCAAGUGUUCCGAUCCUCAAUCGAUAGGGUGAAAUUUAAGCAACCAUUAGAUCCGAUAGAUCAUUUCGUACACUCCAA